ACCUCUUCCAUAUCCAACCCGAAUCUCACAUUUUUGAAUCGUGGUGUGAAUUUUGAAACGCGGACGCUCUUUCAUUCAAUACAAAUUUAAAUUAGAAAUUAUUUAUAUAAUUAGAAAAUAUUUAUUUGCAUUUGAUCAUUAAAUGAACUACUACUACUUUAGAAAAUAUUCAUUGCAUUUUACAAAAUAAAAUAAAAUAAAAAUAAAUAAAUUACCUUGAAAAUAAGGUAUAAUUAAUAGGAAGAAGAAUAGAGGAGGGAAAUGAAAUUUAGAUUUUGCGAUUACAACCAUUGGAGCAAUCUCUAUAACAAAGCGCGAAACCUAAUUUCCACUCAACGCUCUUCUUCCGCCACUUUCGCCGCCAUGACUGACCUCAACAUCCUCAAAACCAAGCUCUGCAUCAUCGGAAGUGGCCCCUCCGCCCACACUGCCGCAGUAUACGCGGCCCGUGCGGAGCUCAAACCAGUCCUCUUCGAGGGAUGGAUGGCCAACGACAUCGCUCCUGGUGGUCAACUCACCACCACCACCGACGUAGAGAAUUUCCCUGGAUUCCCUGAAGGUAUCCUUGGUGGCGAACUUAUGGACCGGUGCCGCCAGCAAUCUGUUCGCUUCGGGACUGAGAUCUUCACCGAGACAGUUUCCAAGGUCGAUUUCUCAACUCGUCCUUUUAGGGUUUUUACUGACACAAGAACUGUUGAGGCUGAUUCGGUUAUCGUCGCUACCGGAGCUGUUGCCAAACGGUUACCGUUUACUGGUUCGGGAGAGGGUCCGGACGGUUUCUGGAACCGAGGGAUCUCAGCUUGUGCCGUAUGUGACGGCGCGGCUCCGAUCUUUAGAAACAAGCCGUUGGCGGUGAUUGGUGGCGGAGACUCGGCCAUGGAGGAAGCAACGUUCCUAACAAAAUACGGUUCUGAAGUUUAUAUAAUCCAUCGUAGGGAUACGUUUAGGGCUUCGAAGAUUAUGCAGAGCAAGGUAGCGAACAAUAGCAAAAUUAAGGUGAUAUGGAACUCGUCGGUGGUUGAGGCGUAUGGGGAAGGAGAGACCAAGAGAUUGCUUGGGGGUUUGAAGGUGAAGAAUGUGGUGACAGAAGAGGUUUCUGAUUUGAAGGUUUCUGGAUUGUUCUUUGCAAUUGGUCAUGAACCUGCGACCAAGUUCUUGGAUGGUCAACUAGAACUUGAUUAUGAUGGAUACGUUGUGACAAAGCCAGGGACCACAGAGACUAGCGUUGAGGGAGUUUUUGCUGCUGGGGAUGUUCAGGACAAGAAGUAUAGACAAGCUAUUACUGCUGCUGGAACUGGUUGCAUGGCAGCUUUGGAUGCAGAACAUUUCCUGCAAGACAUUGGUUCGCAACAGAAUAAAAGUGAUUGACUAGCUAAGGGAUGUCCAGAAGUCGGAAGAUGCUUAAUUAGAAGCAAUGUUUGAUUUCUACUAAUAAGAUUGAAAACAGCUUGUUAUGUAUUCAGCUCGGAUCUUCAUUUGUUCGUUGUUAUUCAAAAUUUAAUUUAAUCACGGUGUUAAACUUGCAUUUUUUGUCACAUUGAAUUAAUCAUGGAGUUAAACUUGCAUUA